AUAUCCAAAUAACGUGGGGAGACUGGAGAGUGUUAAAAAUAGUCAUUCGAAUAUUUAGGAAUCCGUUGUCACCAAACACCAGAUUUUUAUUUCUAAAAGACCGGAGAUUUUCGUGUCCAUGAAACGCGCUUUUUGAGUUUUUCCCCUUCACUCUUCUUCUCUCUCUGUUUAUAUUUACAAGUCACACACUCAACUCUUACACACAAAUCUUCAUCUCUCUAACAAUGUCGACAAUCUGCUGUAUUGUUUCUUAGUUCACUCUUCACUCCACUUGUUAACCUCUUUGUUUUUCUCUCAAAACCCUAACUCCAGAUCUACACUACCAUGAAUUAACAAGUAAGCACCUAUGGCGCAAAGCUCCGACCCGAACAACCGUCCCAAACCCGGCCCAUUGCCUCCUGCUCCACAUUCCAACGAUCCACCUGCAAUACCUCCUUCUUCCUGGGCCAAACGCACCGGUUUCCGCCCUAGGUUUUCUGGAGAAACCAAUGCCACUGAUUCCGGUCCAAUUUCAAACCCUCCGGCCCCGAAACCUGCGGUGAACGGUAUUGCGGCGCAACCGGCUAAUGCGCAGGUGCAGGUGCAGGGACAGGGGGAUAAGGAUCAGGCAGUUAAGAAGAGGAGGGAGGGUGAGGGGCGGUUGCCGCGGAAGCCUGGGGUUAACCGACAGGCGAAUAAUGCGGUUGCCGAGGCGCCGGCUGCUCCAGCGGUGCAACCAAGCCGGAGAGGGGUUAGGAAUGGGGAUGUGGAGAAUCCGGUGCCGCGAAUGGUGAAUGAUGAGUUUGUGUCUCGUCAGGCGCAUAUGAAGUAUGAGCUUAGAGAUACUCCUGGUCUUGUUCCAAUUGGUUUCUAUGGAUUUCAGCACUAUCUGUCGAUGAUGGGUUCGUUGAUAUUAAUUCCGCUUGUGAUUGUUCCGGCAAUGGGGGGUGAUCAUGAGGAUAUGUCAAUGGUGGUCUCCACUGUGCUUUUUGUUUCCGGAAUUACUACACUCUUACAAGCAAAUUUUGGGUCAAGGUUACCCCUCAUUCAAGGUCCAUCUUUUGUCUUUCUUGCUCCGGCACUUGCGAUAAUAAAAUCACCCGAGUUCCUUGGAUUGAAUGGAAAUAAUUUCAAGCAUAUAAUGAAGGAGCUACAGGGGGCUAUAAUUAUCGCAUCAGCUUUUCAAGCAUUACUUGGAUACAGUGGACUAAUGACACUGCUCUUGAGAUUAAUCAACCCAGUGGUUGUAUCCCCAACCGUUGCUGCUGUAGGACUUUCAUUUUACAGUUACGGUUUCCCACAAAUGGGUGCAUGUCUUGAAAUCGGCAUGGUCCAGAUUCUAUUGGUUAUCAUGUUUUCUCUAUACCUCCGCAAGAUAUCCCUCUUGGGCCACCGCAUAUUUCUAAUCUAUGCUGUACCACUGGGUCUUGCAAUUACAUGGGCUAUGUCUUUCCUUUUGACUGAAGCCGGGGCCUACAAGUACGAUGGCUGCGAUGUAAAUAUACCAACUUCAAAUAUGAUAUCGGAUCACUGUAGAAAACACGUGGCCAGGAUGAAAACUUGUAGAGCCGAUGCUUCUCAUGCGUUAAACUCGUCCCCUUGGUUUAGAUUUCCAUACCCAUUACAAUGGGGCAUUCCCGUUUUUAACUGGAAAAUGGCUGUUGUAAUGUGCGUGGUGUCUGUUAUCUCUUCAGUUGACUCAGUCGGGUCAUACCACGCAUCGUCUUUAUUGGUGGCAUCUAGGCCUCCUACGCCAGGUGUUGUGAGCCGUGGGAUCGGGCUUGAAGGUCUUUGUAGCGUCUUGGCUGGCUUGUGGGGCACUGGGACCGGUUCAACGUCUCUGACGGAAAACGUGCACACAAUUGCCGUCACGAAAAUGGGGAGUCGCACAGCCGUUGAGUUGGGAGCUUUUAUUUUGAUCAUAUUAUCCCUAGUAGGUAAAGUAGGAGGGUUUAUUGCGUCAAUACCUCAAGUAAUGGUUGCGGGAUUGCUGUGCAUUAUGUGGGCCAUGCUGGUAGCAUUGGGCUUAUCAAAUUUGCGUUACAGUGAGGCCGGAAGCUCGCGGAACAUAAUCAUCAUCGGGCUUUCUUUGUUUUUAUCGCUAUCGGUUCCAGCCUAUUUUCAGCAAUACGGUCUCUCCCCAAAUUCCAACUCACCUGUUCCUACUUACUUUCAGCCUUACAUUGUUGCUUCUCACGGUCCCUUCCGUUCACAAUAUCGAGGGGUGAAUUAUGUGAUGAACACAUUGUUGUCGUUCCACAUGGUGAUAGCAUUCAUAGUAGCUGUAGUUUUGGACAACACGGUACCGGGGAGUAAGCAAGAACGAGGGGUGUAUGUCUGGUCUGAACCAGAUGCGGCUCGAAGGGAACCGGCUGUUGUUAAAGACUACGGGUUACCGUUUAGAGUUGGAAAAAUGUUCAAAUGGGUUAGAUGGGUUGGGCUCUAGAGACGAACCAUGAAAGUUUUUGCCACGGAAAGGAAAAGGUUGUUUGUGAGCCAUAGGAUGAAACACGCGAUGCAACUGUGAAGAUUGAAGAAAUACGUGGAUUUUGUUUGUACAUUGGAGAGGAUCGGUGUUGUAAUGUUAAAACCGUUGUCGGGGGGUUUUGUAUGUAGCUUGUAAUUGGAAAUUUCUUGGUUUUAUCGAGUCACAUCUAUUUUAUUUUUUUAUUUAAAAACUGUGGUUUGUUUU